GUUGGAUGUCAGUCAUGCUUCAUAUUUUAAUAUUUACAGUCUGUGGGGAUGAAUGCUGGUUGGAGGAGCCCCCCCAUGUGAACUCUUGCCUUGAGCCCCAACAUUUCUAGAAUCACCAACGCUUCAGAAACCGAGUGACCACUGAGACUACGUUCAUGUUGUUUACAAUCGUCUGAUACAGAGAAAAUUGUAUGACUUUUUUUAAACUCAUGGCUCGUUUUCAAGUGGAUCAAAGAGGAGGCUGCUCUCUCUCUCUCUCUCUCUCUCUCCCUUCCUCUCUCUUUCCCUUCCUCCCUCUCUCGCUCCAGCUCCUCCCAGGCUUUUAUAUUUAAAUGCCAGGCGAGCCAGCAGGUAAACUCUCUCUCUUCUCUCAGUGAGUCUCACCUGAGCCUGAACAUCAUUCAGUCUGCAGCUGUGUGUGUCAGGUCCACACACACACUUCUGAAGCGUUCAAACACUGAGGAUUUUCAUCAAAAGAUUUGUUAACCGGACAGGUGAAUGUAAAGAAGCACAACCUGUGGACAGAAUCAGCUCUUCUCUUCUCCUGAACAUUUUAUGGACGAUUUAAACGAUGUGUUUGAUGGAUGAAAGUGGUCAACAGGGGGACGUCUGCAUCUUUUGAACAUCUUUCAAAUCACUGAAGAGAAAUGGACGACCACAUGAACCGUGUUUGGAUCUCUGAGCGUUGAUUCUGAAGUCAAGAGAGGCUGAAAUAUUUCAAUUAACUGAUGACCGUUGGACAUCCAGGAUGGAUCUGUCCACAGUCCAGACAUCUUCUGAGGCCUUUACUCUGAUUUAACAAGACAUUUAGAGACACAACGGUGAAAAUAACACUCAAAUAAAACUCCAAAGACACGGACGACUUCUCCAAGUACACUUCCUCUCAAACAGUUUGAAAACAGGACUAUAGAGGAAACUUCUCAGAGGUCCAAGUUUUGAAAACAGAACAUUUAAAGGUUUUUGGACCAGACGGUUUUUUAGGGUUCAAAGCGAACUGAAGACGGACUUUCAAGAGACAUCUUCGAGGUGUUUCCGUUAUUUCCUUCGCUCUGACUUUGGACCUUCCUGCAUGCUUGAGGAUCCUUUUUAAACCACAAACUGAUCCAGAGACGACGGCUGGAAUAACCUCUGACCUCUGAACCAGGCUUUUGAGAAACGCCCGCCAACAUUACCAAGAGGAAAAUCCAAGUUCAAGAAGCAGACCGGUGAGGCGGGAUCAAACCAAGGUUGUUGGCGGCACACAGGCGUGAUGUUGAUGUGUCGCCCCCUGCUGCUGACAUGGGUGCUGCUCACCGCCAGAGUCCGGAGUCAGAGCUGGAGACCCUGCACAGACCUGCUGCCUCUUGACCUGCUGACCCGAGCCCUGCCACGCCCAGACCAAGCCCAGCCCACACAGUUGCAGAUGGUUCAGUCCAGAGGGUCCAGAGGUCUCCGACUGGGCGGCGUCUCGUCAACAGUGCUGAGUUUUCCCGCCUCCCAAAUUUUCACCAACUGCGACUACUUCCCUUCAGAGUUCUCAUUGGUCACCACCAUCAAGAUACCCAGACUGAGACAGAAGAGGAACGAGUACGUCUUCUCUGUGGUCGAGGAGGAAUCUGAUUUGCUGUUGUUAGGGUUACGUGUCUCAGAGAACAGCCUCCACCUCUUGGUCACGGCCCCCGGUGGUGGGAGGCGGAGCCGGAUGACCUUUAAGGAUGUUGGAUUGGAUGAUAACCGUUGGCACACCGUGGUGCUGGCUGUCACCGGACCGUAUGCCACGCUGACCGUCGACUGUGGGCUGUCUCUGGAGCUUAAACAGGUUCAGUCAUUUCCCAGCACUCUCAGCACCAGAGGGUCCAGGAUGUUCAUCGGCAGCCGGAGGAGGAUGAGGGGACGAUUCUCUGGACUACUCCGUCAGCUGGUUCUACUUCCUGGUUCAGAUGCCACGCCCAGACUCUGUCCAGCAGCUGACCCCAGCCUGGUCGAGCUGUCCAUCCCCCAGAUCCUGAAGUCCACCCCACUCCGGCCGGACCAUCAAGGACCAGUUUACCCGUAUGAGGCCGAGGCCAGAGUGACCACAGGACAUCCUCCUCAGUGUUCAGGCCCAGAACAAGGUCAGCUGUGGUUCAACACUCGGAGGAGAGACCUGUUCAUCUGUGACGGAAUCACCUGGAGGACGCUGUUGCAGAAUAAGGAGCGUCUGGACUACGUGGAGGACUAUCAGGACCUGUACACCAGCUCAGAAACCUUCGACGUGGAGGUUUUCUCCAUCCCGUCUGAAGGCCUGUUCAUGGCUGCAGCCAACAGGGACUCUCUGCCCGGCUCCAGGAUCUACAAAUGGAGAGACGGGUUGUUCCAGCUCUACCAGAACAUCAGCACUCAGGAGGCUCGCGCGUGGAAACACUUCACCAUCGAGGACAAGAUUUUUCUGGUGGUGGCGAACUCCAAGGAGGCAGAGCCUGAGCUGUCUGUCAUCUAUCGGUGGAAUCAGCGUCGGCGGCGUUUUCUCCGUCAUCAAACACUGGAGACUCACUCGGCUUUGGACUGGGAGGCCUUUCAAAUCCACAACGACAGCUUCCUGGUGGUGGCCAAUCACAGACGAGCCAGAGACUCCAACCACAACAUCCACAGUGUGAUCUACAGGUGGAGCCCAAACACAAAGCUGUUCGAAGUGAACCAGACUCUGUCCACGUCCGGAGCGUACGACUGGGAGUUCUUUUCCGUCGGGCCGUACCACUUCCUGGUGGUUGCCAACACCUUCGACGGUCAGACCACCACCAUCAGCUCCACGGUCUAUGUGUGGCUGAACGGCUGCUUCCAGACGUUUCAGAGCAUCCCGACGAUCGGAGCGACAGACUGGGAGACGUUUCAGAUAGACGGCAGGUUUUUUCUGGCUGUCGCUAACAGUCAGAUGAUUUCAGGCCGCGGCCCGAGUCUCUACAGCAUCAACUCCACAGUGUAUGAACUCAACACACUCACUCAGACCUUCAUCCGCUUCCAGGACAUCCUCACACACAGCGCGGUGGACUGGGAGUUCUUCACCAUCGGAGACGACAAGUUUCUGGUCGUAGCAAACAGUCACGACGGCAGCUCGUACUCUCUGAACAGUGUUGUCUACAGGUGGCAGGGUUACGAGGGCUUCGUUGCCGUCCAUAGUCUGCCCACGUUCGGCUGCAGAGACUGGGAACACUUCAGCACCGAGGAGGGCUCCUUCCUUGUCUACUCCAGCGCCACCUCCAGGCUCAGCAAGGUCUUUAGACUCAGGACGUACUGAAGGAAACCCCAAUAAAAGAAACCUCUAACUUCAGAGAGUUUCACCUUUAAACCUUCAGACUUCUGCAGUCGUCACCUUUGGGCUCAGCAGGGUCUUCAGGGACAGGAACAGACCGACUGAACCUGCAUCCCACAGAGUUUGAGUUUUAAAACUAGAACCUUCUGCAGGACUCGACAGUCAUCAAGUUCGAGCUCUUCGAGGUCUUCAAACAGCAGGAACAAUCCUUUCAACAUUUCCAUCAAAGAGAAGAAACUGAGAUUUCACACCUGCAGAGAAACUGUCUGAGUUUGUUUCUUCUCUGGUCCUUCAAAGACGAUAUGAAGAACUUUUCCUUGUCGUAUUUAAAAAUAUAAGUUCAGUCAUUUUAAGCUUGUGCAGUGGUUAGCUGUGUUCUCUCACAGCAAGGAGGUUCCUGGUUUGAAUCCCCGUCUGACAGGAGCCUCUCCUCCCACAGUCCAAAGACAUGCUCGUUAGGUUCCAAGGAAGGGGAAAGCGGUAUAGAUAACGGAUGGAUGGAUGUAAUGUUUGCCUGGCGAGGACGACGCCCUCUAGUGGGCUCAAAAAGAAGCUGUUUUUAACGGCCGCCUGAUACGGGUUGCUAAAUCCCUUUCAGGUUCCAUCGUCUCUAUGUUUGUUUUUAGUUUAUGUGUGAAGUGAAGUUGAGGGUUUGAAUUUUAAAGUUUUAACAUGAAAUUAGAAGUAGUGCUCACUUAUAUUACCAUAGGUUCUGACGAGAAGAUAAGAACAGUCACAUGAAACAAGAGAAUUCAAAGCUUCUUUUCUCUGCUCAUACCUCGGAGGUGUUUGUCAAAGGUGCAAUCAGUCAGAUAAGAAAUUAUAACUAUAAUAAAGAAUAAGCUUCUCAGAAACACACAGCUUUAGAGCUGAUGUUUAAUACAAGUCAUAUUAUGGGAUGUUGCUGCGUUUUCUGUAAAACAACACUUCACUUUGACUGAUUCUUGUUUAAACUGUAAAACGGUUUUACUGAGCUGUUUGUUGUGACGUAAUGUUCAUAUAAAUAUCCUUUAUUAAAACAUCUCUAACUAACGUCUUUAUUAACACAAUUUAUAUCCAAACUGUAAUUUAUUAUUUUUCAUAAAUAAUGAAAUUUUUUGUGAAUAAAUAUUGUUUCUGAGUGUUGUCGUCUGUAACAGAACAUAAAACACUGGAUGUGAAUGAUUUUAUUCAGACAAAAUGAACAUUUCUUUUGACUCAUCAAUUAAAAACACUAUAAGUA